AUGAACCAAAGAAAUUCCGAAAUUGAAAAUGAAUUACUAAGCCAAUCUGUUGUUGAGUUGAUGGAUUGUAUGAAGCUUCAAAUGUUAAGAGUGAGUUCUAGUACAUCAAAUGCUUUUACAGGAGAAUGCAUAUCUUGGAAGCAUUGGAGGCAUUUAGUGACACGACUAACUUCCUUCAAGCUCAGCGUGAUUUCACUGAGGAUGAUUAUGAAAUGCUAUUGGCUCUUGAUGAGAACAAUCACCAUAAUGGUGCAUCUCCUGAUCAGAUUAAUGGCUUGCUGCAGUCAAGAGUUCAGAGUGAUAAUUUUGAAGAAGUUUGUGCAAUCUGUCUUGAAACUCCAACAACUGGAGACACCAUUCGGCAUCUCCCUUGCUUACAUAAAUUUCACAAAGAUUGCAUUGAUCCAUGGCUGA